AAAUGACUUUUAAAGAAGGCUUGAAUGCCAUCCAUGGAAAAUUCCUGCUCUCCUCCCUUCCAUUUAUAAACAGCAGGAUCUGCUUGCUGGAGUUCAAGCGAAAUCAUGUCACUCACUGACGCUUCAGCAGAGGAAAAGGAAGCAGAGUGUAUUCACUUUUAAUGCACCUUGUUGUGGAGUUCAGGGAAUGGGACGAAGAAGAGCUGAUUUACAAAGCAAACAAAAGCAAUGGGGAGUCUCGUGACAAGCCUUGGUGGCUAAUAAACCUCAGCUCGCUGACUGAUACUCACGAAACCUGUCAGUGCAUUUGAACAGAGGCCCAGACACUUCAGUGUAGCAGCUGAAUCAACUGAAUAUUUUCUGCUGGGAAACUUUUCUGACGACAAUCUUCUGCAGCACUUCUCCCUUCUCAUACUCUGGAUUUCUAUGCAGACCUGCUGACACAGCUACAAGCCAAGAUACAGGCCAAAGAGGAAAUAUAGAUAAUCAUAUCAGUUGUUGGGGAUUUUCACUUUUUUCUUUAGUACUUUGAUUACCAUUUUUUGCUUUCAGCUGACUCAGUGUAUGGAACUUUUGUUUUUAAGUGAUAUUCUUUAUAGCCUCAGAUACCAGCCAGUCUGCAGUAUACAUAUAUACAUAUACACUCAUAAAUACUUAUAAUUACUGAUGUGCAAUAUAUGUUUCACUAUAUGUGCUUAUUUAAAAUAGGUUUGUAUACUGAUCCUGGCAACCAAAGCAGCAUGCCUUAAUAUAUAGCCAUUUGUGGUGCUAGGGGUAUAGUGCCAUUUAACAGGCAUGUAUAUAUUAUUUGUAUAGUUUUAGGAUCAGCCAUUAGUUGGUUGUGUAAGCAACAUAUUGAGGUUUUUGUUUUCUCCUGCACAGUAGCUGUUGUUUAAAAUGUGAGAGAGAGUAGUGUCUUUACAUGUUAUUUUUCCCUUCAUUUGUUUAGUUUAGUAUUAAAGUAAGUAUAAGUCAGUGGGUUCAUCUCUUGCAGAAAAGAAUUAACAGCAACCGAGAACUACCAUGAUAACCUAUGAAUUCUUUUCUGGGAGCAAAGUAUCCCUGCAGUAUUGCUACUGGAGGCUUGUACGGAUUCUUCUUUAAACAUCCAGCACAAAUCACUGGCAGUAAAGAAAACUUGAUAGAUGUGGGUUUAAAUUAUACGUCAGCUACUCGUGGAUGCUUCCCUAACAGCCAGGACAAUUUAUCAGGAAGGUUUUAAGAAGUCCCUGCUUUCAAGUAAUUAAACUGACAGUGCACUGCUUUGGGACUCUCUACAAGUCCUUACUUUAAUGAAGCAUUAAGAGAACAGCUACUGCUAUUGGUUUGGCUGAGGCAGAUCCUUCGCCUCCAGAAUGCCUCUGAUAGAUUUGUAUUGAUCAGCGCAGCCUGAAGGCUUCAGAAUUGUCUGUAUUCAGCAGAGAGCUGUGCUAUUGCUCUCUGCACUCCCAUACGCUGCGAUCAUAUUGCUCCUAUAGUGAAGGUAUUGCUGGAUGAUGCUUCUGUUCACAUCUGGACUGUAACCAGCUCCGACGUGUUUCUAUAAUUAAGCCAAAAGCAACAUCAUGGAUCUCAUUGCUGCAUUUUCAACUAUUAUGGUUGUCGUUCUUAAUUGCUGCAAAGGAACCAGUCUUGAAAGUGUGGAUGCGAUCCCUCGGGCAGGACAAAUUGUCUGUAAAAAUGGAAGAGAGAAGCCAUGCUACAAAGUUAUCUAUUUCCACGAUACUUCUCGGAGGGUAAAUUUUGCAGAAGCCCAGGAACAGUGCAAACAAGAUGGAGGUCACCUUAUGACAAUACUCUCUGAAGCAGAACAGAGUUUCAUAGAGAGUCUCAUCCAAAGCAUGCGUGUGCCUGAAGGAGACUUCUGGUUAGGGCUCUUGAGAACAGAUGAUGAAACCCAGAACUCCAGUGACUGCAAUAGUCUGUAUAAUUGGGUUGAUGGCAGUAAACCUACGUUUUGGAACUGGUAUGCAGAUGAGCCGUCCUGUGGCAGCGAGGCAUGUGUAGUGAUGUACCACCAGCCUUCUGCUCUCCCUGGUGUUGGUGGACUCUACAAGUUCCAGUGGAACGAUGAUCGGUGCAACAUGCGCAACAACUUCAUAUGCAAAUAUUCAUUAGAAAAAACAGAUCAUUCCACUACCAAAACUCCCAAAAUAGACACAAUGAACACUGAAGAUCCAGAGGACUCAGUUAAAAAAAUAAAUGGAACAGCCCAGAAGAUUGACGAGAAUGUUGUCCAUUACAUCCUUAUCGCUGCAAUCCCUCUACUCACAUUAUUUGUGAUAUUCAUUGGAGUUCUUUGUUGCUGUAUUGCAGAAAAGAGGAAAGAGAGAAACAGUGAAACAGCUGUUAAAGAACCAAGCUUCUGGAUGUCUCCAAACCGUAGGAACAGUCCAAAUCUAGAGGUUUACAGCGUCAUAAAGAGGCAAAACGAGGCAGACUUGACCGGGACCAGGCCGGAUAUCCGCAAUUCUUCAUUCCGAGUACAAUCAGGGGAAAACUCUCCACCAGACAACCUCUCUGGGGACUAUGAUAAUUUGGAAAGGAACCACUCAGAGAGCGGCUUUGUGACACUGGCCAGCACAGAGAGUGGAUUUGUUACUAAUGAACUGUAUGAACUGUCUAGUGAAAGAUUCGGCAGGAGCACAGAGUCUGGCUGGGUUGAAAAUGAAAUCUAUGGAUAUUAAAAUUAAAAGAAAAAACUAUAUUGAAAAUGAGCAGAUGUUCAGUGGACAUGCUAACUAUUUUUUCAUCAAAAUAUUAUCUUAAAUUUGAUUCUGCUAUUUCUGAAUGGAAUAAAUGCUAAUCAUUCUGGACUGCAAUAUUUACUAUCCUAUCCCUUCUAAGAUUCCAUGGGUUUGUGUUAAAGGAGAAGGAAAGCUACGGAG